UGGAAACCUCCCUUCACCAUCAACGGAUUCGCCCUUUACCAAAGAUGGCCGAAAAAUUCCAGAAAAGGAGCGUCGUAAACAAGAUAUUGACAUGAUGGGGAAAAAUAAGUUGAAGGAUAUUGUUUUCCGCUGUAUUGAGGACAAGAGUUUCAAGAGACCUCAUGCCGAGGAGCUUAUUCGAAUGCUUCGAUUACAAUCCUCAAAGAUAAGACAGAAAGAAUUGAUUGCGAGUAGUUAUGGACUACCAACAAUUCAACUUUUAGUUCUUGGGUCGAUAAGUGUUGGAAAGUCAUCCCUUAUUGCGCGAUAUUUUGACGGUGAAUUCAACGAUCGAAUCUUUGUAACCAUGAGCCGGCAGAUCAGGGUAACUAAGAUCUGUCUACAUGACCGACGCUUUAAUUUAAAGGUUGUUGACACCGCAGGUCUAGAAAAAUAUAUAUCUGCUCUCAUUACAUCAGAGUUUCGGAAAAGUCAAGGGAUCGUUAUAACGUAUGAUGUGACAGAUCCUCGUUCCCUUCACGAUGGUGUUAAGACAAUUUAUGAGCUUAUCAAAGACAAUGCAGCGGAUGAUGUGAGCAUGAUUUUAGUGGGAAACAAAACAGAAGAGCCGCGGCUUCUCAGUGAAGAAGACGGACAAAGAUAUGCAAAAAACUUUAAAAUUCCUUAUAUCGAGACGAGUGCAAAAACUGGAAAAAAUGUCGAAGAAAUGUUUGAAAUGAUCAUAAAAGAGAUCGAUGAAAGCUUGGAUUUGUCUGAUAUUGAUUCGUACGUCACAAGCCACGAAAAAGUACAACUGCCGCGAGCACCACCUACAGGGGCAGGAAAACCCAAAGAGGGAGCAAAAAGGAAAGGUUCCUGUUGUUUAUGGGGGUAACUGUAACUGUAAAUGUUUUAAUUGCUUUCUGUUUGGGUAAUGAAAACUCAUGUUCUGUUGUAAAGCACGCAGGAAGCGGCUAAAGCACGAAAGAAGUGAAGGGAGAAACACGAGAUGUAGUCGAGUAUUCCUCCCUAUCU